GAUAUUGGCAACACGGAGGUCGCAGAUCGUAAUAGUUCGUAACGUUUGACAGUUCGGGAGAGUUGUACGUUGUACGAAGUAAAUAUGGAAUUGCAGUAAUUGUUUUAUUCGUGGAUACGUUUGUGCUGAAAAGUUAGAAAGAUCUGACUGACAAAAGAGAAAUACCUGCUGGAUGAGAGGCUUAACAAAAUAAUGUUGAAACACAUUUUCCUUGUAACAGCGAUCACACUGACAUGUUUAUCACAGUCUGAGGCGCAAUACGACGACAAACGAUGUAAAUGCAUUUGUCCCAGUCUUGCCUCCGUGGUGAAUGCAACAUCGCAAUCGUCAUUAGAACGAAAAUCGUACAUCAUAAAUGUUCCACCUUCUCAAUGUAACUGCGAAGGUGUUGUAUUAGCACGAGUAGGGGAUCAGUUGAAAGGCAAAGAGGAAAUAUAUUGUUCGCGAUGUGACUGCAAAUACGAAAAUAGAAAUACCACUAUUAUUAAAAUAGUGGUGAUACUUGUUAUUUGGGUUAUAUCCCUGUUAGUAAUCUAUAUGCUGUUUUUAAUUUGUUUGGACCCAUUAUUAAAUAAAAGAAUUCAUAAGGCCUCUGCAAACAUUGGCUACCAUGAACACAAUAACGAAGAGGAUGACACAUCGAUAACUCCCGGAACAUCUCACCCUAUGGGUGAAAGAGGUAAUGUUUUAAACCGUGUUGGUCACCAACAAGAUAAAUGGAAACGCCAAGUCCGCGAACAAAGACGUAAUAUUUACGAUCGACAUACCAUGCUUAAUUAAACUGUACAAUUCUAGAUCCUAAAAUGGAUAAAACAUGAUGCAUGAGAAUAUAAAAGCUGUGACAUUUAUUUGAGAGCAUUUAUGGUCUUGUAUAUAAUUAUUUUUGUCAGUUUCUUCUACCUAAGUAUGAGAAUUUAGUGUCACUGCUAAAUAAAAAUCAAUUUAUUUAUGAAUGCCAGCAAAUCGAGUCACC